AGCACAUGGACUGAAUUUGGAAACCCAAUUGUCCUUUUGUUGUUGAUUACCAAUUUCCCUUUAAUUAAUUAAUUAAUUAGUGGUUUUCUGUUUAAUUUAUCCUAAUUUUCUGUGACAAUUUGAUAUAUUUUUUCUUCACUGGUUGUACAAUAAGAAUGUCUAAUUUGAUUAGCUCUCGUUUUGCUGGUUUGUGCUCUAAAAAUGUUUCCACUUACAAAUAUGGUUGUUCAUUGAAAACAAAUUUGAACACAAUUUUGUUACCAACUUCAAGUGGAUCUUUAUUACCCUCAGGCCCACGAUUUUUGUAUACAGCUAGUUUUUUGGGUGUUGAUGUCUUUGAAAAUCAACGAACCAAAGUUUCAGGUCAAUUUGGUCAUCUUAAGGAGAAUCUUAUUGAACGCAUGAAAUCAACCAUCGAGGGUAAAAAUAAGAUGAUCUUUUCAGAAGAUCUGAAAAAUUCUAUAUUUCUUAUUUCUAAUCAACCUGAAGAUGUGAAUUUACUUAAGCAAGUGAUCACUAAAUACACUGAACAAACAACUGAUAUUAAAUUUUCCACUUACCAAUUCGGCCCUGUGGUUAUGAGAUUAUUUUAUCUAUUUGGAGACAGUGAUUUAGCCUACGAGAUGUUGAUGGACACUAAAUAUGGUGAUUUCUUUAAUCAGGAACGAAGCUUUUUAAUUGCUAUGGAUCUUUGUUGGGAACAAGGAAAAUACCAACAAAUCUUAGAGUUAUACGAUCGAUUCAAGAACAUGGAAGGAAGAAACUACAAAUACCCACGAGAUAUUAUAACAUUAGUUGCUUCAUCUUGUUUCAAAUUGAAUACAACGGAAUCCUUUAAGUAUUGUCUAAAUCUUUUUGUCGAAAUUCGUGAAAGCAAAUCUCGAUUCACAAGACGAGCAAUUUCAUUCUUCUCGGCAUUAGCAUUGAAGCAGAAUGAUCCUGAGGUUGCUCUUGAAAGUCUCACAAUGAUCGAAACUCCUGCCAAUAGUGCUGUCCUUCUUACCAUUCGACUUAUGGCUUUGGCCAGUUUGAAGAGAAUUGAUGAUAUUCUUUACAUCAUUAGAAAUAUAAUCAACCGUGGACGUCCGAUUGAAAGAGCAAUUGUCCUUUCAGAAGCCAUUGAAAAGAUUGAUGCUGCUGUUGAAUCUUCAGAAAAUUCUGAGGCCAAAAACGAUUGGGAGAACAUUAAAAGAUCGUUACAAGAAAACAAACUUAUUCAAGAAAACUCAUUAGAACCAGUUCUUUGUAAUCCAAUUGAAAGAACGGUUCGACCUGAUCAACAACAAUACAGACAAGGAUCGGGUUUCGUUCAAAAUGACCGUAGUGAAGGUGCCGGUGGCUACAGAUCAGGUGGUGGCUAUGGAUCUCCCCGUAAUUAUGGCUCAAAUGAUUACGGAACAGGUAAUUAUGGAGCUGGUCAACAACGAGACAAUAACUAUCGACGAGUCGGCGGACCUCGUGGAGAUGGAGGAUACAGAUCAUCUACCGGUGGUUACCGACGAAAUGACAAUUACGGUGGACAAAGACGUCGAAACUAUGAUUCACAAUACAACAAAGAAGACGACAAUAGUUCCAGUUACAAUUAAUAGUUAAACAAGAUAAUUUGCUCAUUUAAAUUGUCUACUAUUACUAAUAGUUGCAUUUAUUGUGCCAAUUCAAACCUACAAUUGGUACAAUCAUUAAUCAAUUUAAAUGUUACCAUAACCAUCAACCAAUCCAAACCAAAAUCAAUUAGAUCAAGUCAUUCAUUUUUCCGUCAACCAUUUAAACACCUAAAAGCUUGUGUUGUUUUUUUUUUGUAAAAUCACUACAAUUAUCACAUAGACUUUAUAAGAAAACAUGUUUAUUAGAUAAACAAUUAAAAAAAUUAAACAUAGCAA